UCCUCUGUUCAACAGCAUGUCAGAGCCUGUGGGAGUAACAGCACAUUAACUUUCCCUCUAGAUGCUGCUUUGAGCACCUUUAAUGAAGACAGUCGCAUCUCUCCAAACUUCACAAGACCCGUGACUGUCCAACAGACACCUUCAGCAGAACAAAGCUGUUUUAAAAGUAACUUUUCCGAGUAUAAAGCCAAAGCAUGAAGCUCCAGUGCAUUUCUCUUCUCAUUUGUGGUUUACUCAUUGGCGAGUGCUGCGGGUCUCGUCUGGACCGCUGGGUCAGAACUGGACUCCAGUACCUGAAGCUCAACCUGUGCCGGAGGGUCUCUCUGCCGGAGAGCGAGUGCAAGAAGCUGUCCCACCUGCACCUGAGUGGGGUGGUCGUGUACGUGUCCGAGUCCGGCUCAGGGAAAGUGCUGACGAUCCUGCCGGACUCAUACUCGAGCGGCGCGCUGCAGUCCAAACAGAGCGGCUUCACCGUGGACGCGAGCGCGGAUGAUGACAGCAGGACGAAUGAAGAGCUGUACCCGGGCGCGAGCACGCACGACGCCGUGCUACUGCUGGACCCCAGCCCCGGCGAGAGUUUCGGACACCCGGUGGUUCUGUUCUAUGUAGACUUCAACAUAACCAAGAAGAAAUGUGCUCAUAUGGACGGCAUUUAUCUGGGGGACGAGUGCUUGACGAUGGCUGUGAAGACACGGUGCCAGAACCAGCUGAAGCGGAGGAGGAGUCGCAGCGACCGUAUGGCGAGCCAGGCGAGGGUCCUCAGGAGUACGACGGGCAGAACCAGCCGAGUGGAGCAAAGCAGCGGCCUCUGUGAGAUUCACUUUCUCCCCCUGGUUGUGGGAGUGAAAGACAGCAACCGAACCCAGCGCCUGCGCUGUGUAGAUCACCCAGACUUUGCCAGAUGCCCGCAGCCUUUGCCACUGACCAGCCCCAGCACGCCCAUCUCCAGCUGUGAGCUCAAUAAAAACACCCGCCGGUGCCAUCAGCAACGCCUGGCCACACACCUGUCCUGCCGCCUUUACCAGACCUGUGAUCAUGCUGUUCUCCUGUCAGGUGGCUGGCAGGAGCAGAUAACAUACCAACAACAUGCGAAGAACCUGCAGCUCCUCCACCAGAUGCUAAGGAACAACGGCUUCCAUAAGGACCACAUAAAGACAUUCUUUGCUGGGAAUGGACAGGUUGCAGCUAAAGAGACAGAGGGGAUGUAUCCCGCCACAGAGAAAGAGGUGAUCAGAAACCACAUUUCCUACAUCUGCCGAAAGCAGCACUGUGUGGAUUCUCUUGUUCUGUACCUCAACAGCCCCACACGAAAUGACGGCACCAUGCUGCUCUGGGACCGCAAUAACAACGGCAUUGCAGAUCUGAAGGAGCGUUACUCUGUGGGUGAACUGUUGGCGGAUCUGGCCGGGUGCAGGGCCAGCCGAGUGCUGCUCUUUGUGGAGCAGAGCUACAGUGGAGUCCUCAGCAAGAGACUGACGGGAUCUCUCAAACACGUCAAUGUCGUGCUGCUGAACGGCCUGCCCUGGGGGCACACAGCUGAGUUCUGGGCCUCUCUGCACCCUUCCGAGUGCCUCAUAGACCACCUCAGUAAGAGUUCUGGGACGUCCCGACUGGGUGAUGCUGCUCUGGGAUUGCUGAACGUGACUCUGGCUGGUGCUCCGUGUAACUCCACCCCUCCUCUCACCGAAGCCGAAAUGAGGAAGGAGUACAUGGGCUGCCAGAACCUCCCCACGGCUCUGUGGUACCAAAAAAGGCCCAAGACUGACAAUAGCAGGAAUUGAGUGUACUGACAGUUUCCAGGACUUUUAGGAGGACUAGAACCAACUCUACUGUUCCAAGUACAUAACUCGGACACUUCAGUGGAGUACUUCCAUGGAAAACAAGUACCAACGAGUAGUCCUAGAAACAUGACUUUUGUAUAAUGAACAAAACUCAAAUUUAUGACCAGCCCUUUUCUCACGCACACACACAAACACCUGUGUGAGCGCACUUAAUUCACCCACUGAUGCACAUAGACAUUGACAAGCUCUUUAGGAAACGGGGACUACAUAAUGCACGCUUAAGAGAUCGACAGAAGAGAUGGAAAUGCAGCACACAGAGAGAGAAAGUGUCUGAUGUGUCCUCACUUUGAACCUCAGUUCCCCUGCUUGCCGCUCCUUAGAAGGCGUCCCGUAGGGAGCAUCCCAUGCAAACUUCUCCUCUCUCUGCCUGCCGUGGGGGUUCAGCUCAGGGGCAUCCACGUUCCUUUACCAGAGUGCUCUUCUGUGGGUCAUCACCCAGGGCGCGCCUGGUACUGAACAAUGAAACACACCUUACACUCUCAGGACAAAUCUCUUUGUCUCUUCUUCAGCUCUGUAAGGUACAGUGCGGUCCAGCAUGAUUUAGUAAUGAGAAAUGUUCCCUCACCAUGUCUGGACCCUAGCAGACACUGGGCUCUGCAAGCAUGUAUUUAAGUCAGACCUCUUAUUACUAACCACUCUGUCCGCAGUAUUCCCUUAUCUCCGCAAACAUUUAAACGCCAGCCACCGAUAAUGUUGACAGUGACAAGAAGGUCUUUCAGGCCCCACGCCAGCUCCUGUGGGAAUGCAUACACAUUCUUCAGAAAUUACAGGCAGUAUGAUCAUAUUUUUCCACAGUAUAUCUACUUGGUCAGAAAUGUACACUAUCAUUCAAAAGUUUGGGGUUAGUUAGAUUCUUUUAAAAUGUUUUUGAAAGAAGUCUCUUAUAUCACGGCUGCAUUUAUCUGAUCAAAAAUACAGUAGAAACGGCUAUAUUUGGAAAAUGACCAUUUUAAAUAAAGUUGCUAUUUCUUUUAGUUUAUCCUUCAGAAUUAAUUCUAAUAUGCUGAUUUGGUGCUAUAGAAACAUUUAUUUUGUAUCAGAGUUUAAAAACAGAUGUACUGCUUAAUAUUUUUGUGAAAACAUUGUUUUUAAGGG